AUGGAGGGAGGACCGCAAUUUGCGUCUCGAGGAGGCAGAGACGACAGCGAAACUGGAAGCAGGCUACAACAGCCUGCUUACGGCAGGGACCUUGAUCUGAUUUUCUGCAAAGUUACAAGGAGAAUGGCCAACUUCCAACCCUGCGGAGGAGGAUGUAUGCAUGGCUCACUCAAAUGUGCUAGCGGUCUGUCGAGGACACAGUUCAAGACCGUCCUAAAUAAGCGAAACCAGGCUGAAAAUAAAGUUGAUAAACUCAUAAACACAGAUGGAUCGGGCCCCAGCUAUUCCCAGAUAAAUCUCAUCUUCGACCUCACUCCGCCACCUAUUUUGGAUCCAAAUUCGCAGUUCCGAAAAACCCAGGAAAAAGCCUUCAUGCAGCAGAACAGAAAAACAGCAGGGCUCACCCCUACAUUCUCAGAAGAGUUCUAG